CUUUCGCAAAACUGUUGCGCCAGGCCGGAACUCUUUUAGGUCUGCGCUUCGCAGCUCCUGUAGCUGGCCGCCUGCGACGGGGCCUAGUUUGCGGCGGCGUGCAACGCACCGGAGCGAAGAUGUCUGAGCAAAUUGAGAAGGAAAUCCAGGAGGCUCAGGAAGCCGUUACGAAGCAGGGCGACACCGUCCGCUCCUUGAAGGCUAGCCUGAAGGAUGGCAAGGCUGAGAAGGCUGAGGUCGAUGCUGCUAUCCAAAAGCUUGCCGAGCUUAAGAUAACCCUGGAGGCAAAGCAGAAGGAGUUUGAGAAGGCGACGGGCAAGGUGUCCACCCAGAGCAAGGAGGCUCUGCGUGCUGCCCUGGCGGGUGUGUUGGAGCGGCGCAUGUUCUACAUCCCCUCCUUCAAGAUCUACGGCUCCGUGGCGGGCUUCUACGACUACGGCCCGCCGGGCUGCGCCAUCAAGCAGAACAUGACGCAGGUGUGGCGCAACCACUUCGUGCUGGAGGAGAACAUGCUGGAGGUGGAGUGCCCCGCAGUCACCCCCGAGGUGGUGCUCAAGGCUUCCGGCCACGUGGACCGCUUCACGGACUUCAUGGUGACGGACGCGGUGACGGGCGAGUGCUUCCGAGCUGACCACCUGCUGGAGGGCCACCUGGAGGCGCUCCUGGAGGACAAGAAGAACCCGCUCAGCCCCGAGAAGACCAAGGAGAUCCGGGAGCUGCUGGCGGGAGUGGGCGAGCUGAAGCAGGACUCCAUGGCGGCAGCGCUCAAGGAGUACAACGUGCGCGCCCCCGGCACCGGCAACGAGCUGUCUCCCCCCUUCCCCUUCAACCUCAUGUUCAAGACCUCCAUCGGACCCAAGGGCGACAUGGUGGGCUACCUGCGGCCCGAGACGGCGCAGGGCAUCUUUGUCAACUUCAGGGACCUGCUGUACUACAACGGCGGCAAGCUGCCCUUCGCCGCCGCCCAGAUCGGCAACUCGUACCGCAACGAGAUCUCACCGCGCGCAGGACUGCUGCGCGUGCGCGAGUUCACGCAGGCCGAGAUCGAGCACUUUGUGAACGGCGACGACAAGUCGCACCCCAAGUUCGAGUCCGUCGCGGACCUGCAGCCGCUGCUGUACUCGCGCGCGCUGCAGAUGGGCGAGGAGAAGAAGGCGGCGCCCAUGUCGCUGAGGGAGGCGGUGUCGCGGGGCAUCAUUGCCAACGAGACGCUCGCCUACUUCAUCGGCCGCACCUGGCUGUUCUUCUGCAAGGUUGGCGUCAACCCCGCCCGCAUGCGCUUCCGGCAGCACCUGCAGCACGAGAUGGCGCACUACGCCACCGACUGCUGGGACGGCGAGGUGGAGACCACGUACGGCUGGGUCGAGUGCGUGGGGCUGGCGGACCGGUCGGCGUACGACCUCAAGGCCCACUCCGGCAUGUCCAAGAUCGACCUGACCGCCUUUGAGAAGUUCCCCGAGCCGCGCAUGGAGGAGGUGGUGCGUGUGGCGCCCAACAACAAGCAGCUGGGCGCGGUGUUCAAGAAGGACCAGAAGGCGGUCAAGGAGGCGCUCGAGGGGCUGAGCGACACGGCGGCGAUGGAGCUCAAGGCCAAGCUGGAUGCCGGCGAGGCCUACACGCUCACCACCUGCGAGGGACAGAGCUUCGAGAUCAAGCCGGGCAUGGUGGAGAUCAAGAAGGUUACCGAGAAGGUGACCGGCAAGACCUACACUCCCAGCGUCAUCGAGCCCUCCUUCGGCAUCGGCCGCAUCAUGUACUGCAUGUUUGAGCACUCGUACUACACCCGCGAGGGCGACGAGACCCGCGCCGUGAUGGGUUUCCGCCCCGUGGUCGCCCCCACCAAGGCCACCGUGUUCCCGCUGGUGCAGAAGCCCGCGCUCAACGAGCUGGCCACCCGCAUCAGCCGCGACCUCACCGCGGCCGGGCUGUCCAAUCUGAUUGACACGACGGGCAACACCAUUGGCAAGCGCUACGCUCGCACGGACGAGAUCGGCGUCCCCUUCGCCAUCACCGUGGACUUCAGCAGCAUUGAGGGAGACGGCUCCGUCACCCUGCGGGAGCGCGACUCCAUGGCGCAGAUCCGCGUGCCGCAGUCCGAGGUGGCGGGAGUCAUCCGGGCGCUGGUGGACGACCGCACCACCUGGGCCGAGGUGGCGGCUAAGUACCCCGCGCAGAAGGCACAGGCUGACGACGAGUAGAAGUCGGCGCCUCAGGACUUGUGGCGGGAGGGUCCAAUCCCACUCGGGUUGCAGUGGGUUCAUCAGUCCCAUGGGUCGAGCAAGAGUGCUAGCUAGGUAUGUAGCGGCCUGUGUCUGCUUUGUUGUUUCCGCUUGCUACGGCAGGAUGCUACGGCAUGCGUGCAGGAUGAAAGGGGUUCUGCAAGGUGUAUUGGUGGUUUGAUGGGGGCUGCUGAAGGUGCAGUUGGAGCUGCGUGGCUGGUAGGGAG